AAGUUCAUUCAGACAUGCGCCAUGUAUUCUUACGAGGUUGCAGAGCUGUGUUGCUGUGUACUGUAAAAUGUCGCUCGACUGCAAUGUUGCAACGUGAAAAUAUUUAGCUUGCAGUUUUGGACUCAAACUGCCCACUCUUGCGAUCGUAUUUCCUGUGCAGAAUCCUGUGGACUUGGAAAUGCAUUCGGACUGCUACUGAUACACUUCAAAUUCAAGAUGGCGGAUGGAAAAAAGUUGAAAAAUCGCCCGAAAUUAACCAUUCUAGCACCGCCCGUUGCAAUACCUGAAAACACAGACAUCGAGACAUCGGCUUCAGGAAAUGUCGACUCGAUCAACAAGAAAUUGGCCGACCUCGAAAUGGACGAUUCGCAGCGAGAAAGGCUCAUGUCUUUCCUGGCGGAGAAACGUAAAAUCGGGGACCUCAACACCGAUGAUUUCGAAAAACUCGACGAGCUAGGCGCUGGUAAUGGCGGGGUAGUCACAAAAGUACUACACAAACCAACAGGCCUAAUUAUGGCACGAAAGCUAAUCCAUUUGGAAAUCAAGCCGGCGAUUCGUAAUCAAAUCAUUCGUGAACUGAAGGUUUUACACGACUGUAAUUCGCCGUAUAUUGUUGGGUUUUACGGGGCAUUUUAUUGCGAUGGGGAAAUUUCAAUAUGUAUGGAACACAUGGAUGGUGGUUCCUUAGAUCAAGUUUUAAAGAAAGCAGGCAGGAUUCCUGAAGAUGUUUUGGGGAUAAUUAGUAUUGCAGUUCUCAAAGGCCUUAGUUACUUAAGAGAAAAUCACAAAAUAAUUCAUAGAGAUGUGAAACCAUCUAACAUCUUGAUCAGCUCAAGAGGAGAAAUUAAACUGUGUGAUUUUGGCGUGAGUGGUCAGUUGAUUGACUCAAUGGCAAACUCGUUUGUUGGAACAAGAUCGUAUAUGGCUCCUGAACGUUUACAAGGAAAUAUCUACUCGAUUCAAUCAGAUAUUUGGAGUCUUGGAUUAUCAUUAGUUGAAAUGGCAAUCGGGCGGUACCCGGUUCCACCACCCAACCCUGAAGACAUUGAUAAAGUCUUCUCUGGGGAAAUCCAAGAUUUAGCUUCACUUAAUCCAGAGAGGAUUGUUCCUGGGGCCCAGGUCCCUCAAGGAGUGAAUGGUGGAGAGGUCCCAAGGCCAAUGGCAAUUUUUGAAUUGCUGGAUUACAUUGUAAACGAGCCUGCUCCCAGGUUACCAGAGAGGCAUUUUUCAGAUGACUUUCGAGAAUUUGUACAUAAAUGUUUGGUAAAGAAUCCAAACGAACGAGCAAAUCUUAAGUUUUUAAUGAGCCACCAAUUUAUAAAGAAGGCCGAAGAAUCUAGCAUCGAUUUUGUUGGCUGGGUUCAAAGAACACUUGGCGUAGUCCCACAGACAACGACAGUAUAACUGAUUAGUAAAGUUUGUAUUUUUAAUUAUUUCCCUGCGACAACAAUUAACCAACGUUUUUGUGGUUGGUUAAAAGCGGCAAAACACAGGAAGUUUAAAAAUGACCAUUUAGAGUAGCUGUAAAUGGGCCUGAUCCGUUGGGAAGAACUUCCUAUCCCAUAACUGAGUUGAUCAGGAAACAUGCAACGAUAGAAUUAAUGUUUGCCGCCAUAAUCAUGUUUUUGGUCCAAAUCGGAACACAUUUUAGCCCGAGCAAGGGAUAAAAUAAGUUCAAGAGGGUGUGAAAAACAUAUUUAUGCACAAGAACAUCAGUUGCAUAAUUAUGAUAAUUUUGAAAGGUAUUUAGAACCGUAAACAAAGCAAAUGAGGAUUCAUUUCGAGUCAAGUAAAAUAUAAUCCAGCCCGCGACCUGCGGGCUGAACCAUAUUUUAUCCUGACAAAAAUUUUUCAAUUUUGCUCGCAAAAUGCACCAUAGCGAAGAAUUUUGUUCGAUGCAAAACUGCCUUAGAGCCCAUUGAGGAUAUUAUAACAUGAAGUCCUGAAGCAUUCAGGCAACUCAGAACGAUGGGUGACGUUUUAUUUACAGGAAAUUUUCAUCGCAUUUAAUUAGUUUUUUCCUUCGAAUUACAACUUGUGGUUGAGACUGGAAGGAAUUAAAAUAGCACAUGUCGGACCAAAGCACCCAGCUUGAGCUCGCUUUUAACCUCAAGACUGUAUUGUAUAUUUUUUUCCAACGAUAAACACCCUCCUUCGACUUUUAGGAAAAGUAGUUAGUCCUUUUUCAUUUGAUACGAUGACUGCAUUAGUGCAACUUCAAUUUAUAUAUAAUUAUAAAUAUAUAUUUCAACACGGCUAGCAAAUUGUGAAAUUCACUACUUUUUGUGAAAUAGACAUUUGUUUUUGUAUUUAAUAUAUUUAGUGUUAUUCUACUAUGUCCUUGAUGUAUAUUUGCAUAAUUAUAUUU